GUUUCAGCAUUUCCGACGUUGAUGCGUCGAUUCGUCCGACCUGUAAUCCUGUUCCCACACUGUAUUGUCUCCACCGCGGGGAGCUUUUACCACUGGCUGCAAAGCACCAUCAGACGACAAAGGACAAGACGGUGAAUACAAAGGAUUGGAGGACAUGGAAUUGGCUUGGGAACCGGAAGUACCGGCGGUAGCGGUGGCCAUCCGACUGCUCGCUUCCAUGCUGCAAUUGAAGACCGACAAUCGGAAAUUGGUGCUCAAUUUGUCCACAAUCAACAGCACACUCCCAUCCAAACUCCAGAGAUGACGAUGAGGAGCAGGCGACUUGCUCAUCUUCAAACUCUUCAGCUAUGGAGCCCCAAUUGGAUGAAUCGGAGAGCCGCCGAGCAUGGACGAUGUCAUUGAUAAACGUGUCUGCCUCCCCCCCCCCCCCCCGCAUUGUAGCUAGCUUUUUGUUGUUCUCCCAUUUUUUUUUGAUUUUUGAACUAGUUUGAUGUCUUGUUGUGUCAUAAAUAUUAUUUGUUAA